AUUAAAUGAAUCUAUUUGGUCAAAGAUUCAAAAGAAUCGAGUCACUGAAUCGAAAUCCCCACCACUUAGUUCUGACCGAGUAAGCAGCUAACGUUAGCUCACUGCUUUUGAAGCACAGCCACUUGCAACCGUAGACCUACAGGUGGGUGGGGCUGAACUCAACGAUUAUGACGUCAUGGCAACUGGCUCCCACUACACACAGCCCAUUAAACAUGUAUUUCUCAUCUAGGCUAUACCGCUUGCUUUAACCCCUACCGAGAAGCUGUCAGUCUGGCCUGAAGAGGGCGGUUUCGUUAUGCGCGAGGAUUGUCAGUUUGAGUGAGUGACGGUAAAUGAAGUCCUUCCAAGAAGCGCGGUACAAGUGAUGCCACCGGUUUGUCUCCGAGUAGAACUUAUUUGGGGGUUUGUAGUCGAUUUUAUUUGAUCGCUGAGCAAUCAAUCAGUAGCAGCGGAGGUGAAGACGCCGGGGUGCUUUCUGCUCAUCUCGCUCCAUCCAUCCACCCACUCAUCCCUUCUGUCAUACAGGCUCUUCCCAUCUUGUCUGUGUUGUGUGCUCAGGCGGACCGCCCCUCCACCCACCUCAAGAUGCACAUGAAUAGUUUAUUAAACCAGUGCACAGAGAUCUCCAGGAUGUGUGAGGUGGACGUUUCGUCUGAGCCCACCAGCCCGACGCUGUAUCGAGAGUCUUCUGAUACAUACUGCCAUGUGGACCGCUGGCAGAAGCUACGCACAGCCGUCCGCAAGCUAGAAUUCUGGGAGAACUUCACACAUGAGCUGAUUGGCAGUGGCUUCUUCUCAAAGGUUUACAAGGUAAUACACAAUACCACACGGAAGGUGAUGGUAGUAAAGAUCUAUAAGAAUGAUGUUGAUCAAGACAGCAUUGUACGAGAAAUCAGCCUUCUGCAAAAACUCUCACACCCCAACAUAGUGAGGUAUCUGGGUAUUUGUGUCAAAGAGGACAAGUUGUACCCAAUUCUGGAGUAUGUUAGUGGAGGAUGUUUAGAGGAGCUGUUGGCCAGGAAAGAUGUGCCUCUAUGCUGGAGAGAGAAAGUAGAGCUGGCCUCUGACAUCACCAGAGGGAUGAUUUACCUCCACUACAAGAACAUCUACCACAGAGAUCUGAACUCUAAGAAUUGUCUAAUAAGGGUGACAGCGAGAGGCAGAGAAGCUCUGGUUACUGAUUUUGGUUUGGCUCGAGAGGUGGUUGAACUUCCUGCAAAGGACAGAAAGCUUUCACUUGUGGGCUCUGCUUUCUGGAUGGCCCCUGAGAUGCUGCGUGGGGAGCCCUACGACCGCAAGGUGGAUGUGUUCUCUUUUGGAAUUGUUUUGUGUGAAAUUCUGGCUAGGAUCCCAGCAGACCCAGAAAUCCUUCCAAGAACACAGGACUACGGCCUGGACGUUUCAGCAUUUGGGAAAAUGGUCAGUGAGUGUCCUCAGCGUCUUUUAGAGUUGGCAGCCAGCUGCUGUCUGAUAGAGGCUUUCAGAAGACCCUCUUUCUCAGAGCUUCAAGACAAGUUGGGUGAAAUCGCUGAGACUUUGGAGGCUCCUCACAAUGAUCUCACCACAGGCUGAUCUGCGGCACAUCCUCUGGUAUCCCAUCAGCCCUGCGAAUGGACACAAGCAGCUGGAGUUCUGUACAUAGACUUAAGCACACUGACAAAUGCAGCAGAACUGCAGAUUUCUCUCUGGGCUGUUUGCAUUGAAAGAGCAAAUCAAGGAAAAGGUCGCUAUUUAUUAUGAAGUAACUAGAUGGCCUACAGUUCAACUCCGCACAGCUGUACAUAAUAUAUACUGUGCAAUAUAUAGUAAUAGUAUACCAAGAGAAAUAUUGUAUCAGGUUCCAGCUAAAGUGUUUAGCUGUUGUCAUUAUUUCAAAGCUACAGAUUUUCAAACCUAUUGUUAUUCUUGUUUUGUAUAUCAAUCAUUUUAUAUAGGAAAAACAACCCUAAAAUAGGUUUUGAGGCUUCAGAUAACCAUUGAGAAAAGGACUAACUUGGGGGUCACAAGUUUUAAAUAACCAAAUAAUAUUUUAAUAGGCUUCAGUAUAUCGAUACUUGAUUACAUUUGUACAAGAGAAAUUAAUUUAUUUUGGUACCAAUUGCCCAAAUAGGAAAAAAGUGCAAAAAAUACUUUUUUGAAAAGCCACAUAUUUGAAAAAUGUGUACUUUUCGUUAUUUGAAAAGCAAUUUAUACAGGAGCAAGCACUCAACUCGUCACUUGUGGUUUUGCCUCCACUGAGCUGAGCUGCUGAUCUUUGGAAAUUCUCCAUAAGACCACCGCAUGAUGAGGCCCAUUUCCUGCCUGCAAGGGCCUCGAUGUUGCUUCUGCAGUGUUCUCAUUGUGGAUUGUGCCGAGUGUUUGAAAACAGUUUUUUCUUUUCAGCAUUCAAAAGCUUAAAUGUUUCAUGUUUUAACACUUUUUGAAUUUCAGUACUCACUAUGUAUCAGAAGCACGAGAUGGCACCAGUCCGACUCCAAUAAACAGUGACACCAAACAGUUUCUCUGGACAUAUUAUUGGCUGUAACUGAAUAAGAAAUGUGAGAUUAAAUGUUUAAGACCAUCCUGCUGUAGUAUUCUGAAAAUGUGUGCAACUUGAGCAAAAACGAACACUCUGUAAUACUGAAAUCAAUAUUCCUCUCUAAUUUCAAAUGCGUAACUUGGCACUAUUGAUUUGUAUUUGUUUUUAAUAUUUAUAUGUAAGUUCUGCUUAGACGUUAUUUCAGUUUUUAAUCAUUAUGCUCUAGUGAAUUGCAUGUUGAACAUCGUCUAAGUUAACUUGAACAAAAUCUACAUUCUGUGCCUCAAAGAGGACGCUUGAGUUCUUGGGAAUCUUUUGGUGAGAACUAUGUCACGCUAACCUCAUAUCUCUGAAACAAGCCUGAUGUCUGUAGUCUGAAUCCUCCUGUGGUUUGUAGUGUUUUUGUAAUACAGUACAUCAUGAUAUAAAAAGAGAAAAGGAAGCGAAGUGAAUGGUGUGUAUUUUUCAAGGUAAGCCGAAAAUCUACAGUUCUUUGCACAGGAACUGCACCAUUAGCAUCAGGAUUUUAUAAACUGCUUCUGCUUGAUAGAAGUUGACGUAUAAUAAGAAACAUUUGUGUAACUAUCAUCAAAAUGCGCUUACUUUCAUGUCUGGUUACCUGGCAACUUUGUCUACUGUGUGGACUCUUAAGAGUUGGGCUUUGUGGC